AUGUUUCACGCACCUCUUCCCGACGCACAGCAUCCCACGCAUCCUCGUCUCCAUGUUCGCGAUGCACGCGACGCACACAUAGUCUUCGAAGCUGUCCGCCAAGGCAUGCUGCAGCCAGUUGUCCGGCGGCUGAACGAAAUGGAGCGGUACACGUACAUUAAAUCUGGCUCUAUCUUCGUCUGGGAAGAGAGUGAGCAAGACUCGGGGCUGAAGAGAUGGACGGACGGGCGUGUGUGGAGCCAGUCUCAUAUGCGAGAGCCAUAUCUGUUCUAUGAUGAGAAGGUGUUAUCCAACGAACAACAAGAUAACAACAACCAAUCAUCACGGUUCGUGCUCACCUGGAGAACGCACCUGAUCUCAAGAGACUCAACCACGCGAAAUAUUUCCAGGAACUCACACCCUACAUAUCGCUUCAUUGAGGGACCGUCGCGCACAUGGACGUCGUCGGCACAGUCUCAUUACGAACGAAGCGACCAUUCUCCGGCUGGCUUGGUGAAACAGGCGUACUCGGCGUGGGUUCGCACUCCGGGUAACGUCAGACCACGAAAAUGGCACCUGACCGCGUACUUCUCCUACUCGGAUCUACCAAAUAUUCCGACGGUGGAUCAAGACCCGAUUUUGCGCACAUUGACUGUGCCAGAGGGCGUCUACCAGAGCGGGAAAACGAAGUCGAGGGGACCUGAUGGGGUUCCUGCCACAUCUACCCCUCUUGCAUCACCAGCGUCGUCCCGGAAUGCGUCUUUCCAUACGGAGGACCACGGCGCACUCCCCCCACUUCCCCUUCCGGUAUUACAUCACCCGCUUCCGGAUCCGCGACAUCGCGUACAUCCACGGGGUCCUGAAGACCAGCGAAUGAUUGGGAUGCUGGACUCCCAACCCAUUCUGUAA